GACAGUCCUCUCUCGCCUGCAGAAAAAGCUAAUCGCUCUGUCUCUCUCUUUUCUCCUCGACAGCAAAAUCCAGAAAAAAAUAAAAAAACAAAAACCAGUUGUAAAAAAUAAAAACAACAAAACGGGUCUCCAACUUCACGAACCUGACUAACUGAAACCCUAACCCUAGCCGCGAAAUUCUUUAUCCUCCUGUAUCUCUGCAUGUCUCUACGCAUGUGAAGUAUUAACCUCACUAGAGGACAAAUUAGGGUUAGGGUGGUUUUGUUAUGGAACGCGACGGUGGUAAAGAAAGUUGUUGUGGCUGGUGUCGGGAAUGACCGGAGGGCCGAUGCCACCGGUGAAAGAAGAUGAUGGGUAGGGGUCCUGACGGAGGUUGCGGAACUGGCGAGAGGUCUUGCCGUCCAGUUUAUAGGGUUCCGGCAUCCAAUUCCCUCAUGAAGGAGUCUGAAAUACCUCAACCAAAAGUAAAGAAAUCGAAUCCACUCGAGGUUGAUUUCUUCUCCCAAGCUCACAAGGUCUUAAGCGUGCGCUCGCCAUUUGAUGCUGCGGAGAAUGCGUCUGGUUCUGGUGUUUCGAGUUUUCCAAGUGCGUCUACUUUGCCAAGCAGGUUUGCUAGUUUGUUGAGGCAAUCAAAUGGGAGUAGAAAGAGACAUAAAAGGUCUCAUUCUGGAGCGGAAAAGAAGUCUUCUUCGCGGGCAAGUGACGGGUCUAAAAGAGGGAAUAUUUGGGUUGAGACUGAAGAUUACUUUAGGGAAUUGACAUUGCCUGAUAUUGAUGAUUUGUUUGAGUUAUCUUCUUUAUUUAAUUCUUUAGGUUAUAGUAAGUGUUUUUACAUUCCAUAUAUUGGAAAUGAGAAAACUGAGAGAAUCGAGACCAUUGUGACAAAUGUGAAAACUGGGGAAAAUGUGAAUGGGAAGUUUGAAGAAAGCGAGACUAAUGAACAAACUGAGACAAGGGCCAAUGUGGAGAAUGCAAAUGGUAACUUUGAAAUGGAUUGUAUGGGUGUAAAUGGAAAUGGACUCGUCUUGAAAGACGAAGUCAAUCAAGAGGAUGAGCAGUUAAUGGAAAUCGACAUUGUGACUCAAAGUGAUGGAGCUGUGUGUUUGCCCCAGGAGAAAGCAAAGACGUGCUCUGUUUCUGAUUUGUCUAACAGUGUAGAGUGGCUUUUAGGUUGUAGGAACAGGGAUAUAUUGACCUCUGAAAAGCCUUCCAAGAAGCGGAAACUUUUAGGCAGUGAUGCAGGGUUGGAGAAGGUUUUGGUUGGUUGUCCUUGUGAAGGAAACUUGUCAUUAUGUGAUUUUUGCUGCAAGAGCGAGAUGGGUAAUGAUUCAAACCGGUUGAUUGUUUGCUCUUCUUGCAAGGUUGCAGUUCAUCUUAAGUGUUACGGUGUGCAAGGAGAUGUAAGCGAGUCGUGGUUGUGUUCCUGGUGCAAGCAGAAGAGUGAUGGCAAUGAUUUAGCGAAGCAGUCUUGUGUACUUUGUCCGAAGCAGGGUGGUGCUUUGAAACCUGUAGAUGUAGACAAUGGUAAGUCUGUUCUGGAUUUUGUGCACUUGUUUUGUUCCCAGUGGAUGCCUGAGGUCUACAUAGAGGACUUAGCAAAGAUGGAGCCAAUUGUGAAUGUGAGUGGAAUUAAGGAAACCCGAAGAAAAUUAGUGUGUAAUGUAUGCAAGGUGAAGUGUGGUACCUGUGUUCGGUGCAGUCAUGGAACUUGUAGAACUGCUUUCCAUCCUAUAUGUGCAAGGGAAGCAAGACAUAGGAUGGAGGUCUGGGGGAAAUAUGGUACUGAUAAUGUUGAAUUACGAGCCUUUUGCUCAAAGCACAAUGAACUCCCUAAUGAUAGGGAUACCCAUCAAUUAGGAGAGGCUUUUGUGUCUGCCAGCCAUGACUGCUCUGUUGCCAGCUAUAAUCCAUCAACGUUGCAAAUGGACAAACAGAGUAAGUUAAAUAUUGGCCAAAAUGGAGAUAAACUUGCAGUCCACACAGAAACUUCUGAUACUAAUUCUGGUAAACCUGGUGAUGGUGAGUUAUGGGAAAUAGGAUUGUUUGAUUCCAGAUCAAACGCUGAACCUUUGUCAGAAUCUGGGGAUGUGGACAAACUCAUUGAUAUAGGGAUAUUUGAGAGAGGUUGCUAUGAGGGUGCUAGCACUGACUCCCGAAAUCUUUUGCUGAUUUUGAAGAAGUUAAUUGACCAAGGAAAAGUCAAUGCUGAAGAAUUGGCAAUGGAAAUCGGCAUGUCACCUGAUUUGAUAACUUCAACAUUGGCUGAAGUUAAUUUGGUCCCUGAUUUUCAGUCCAAAUUAGUCAAGUGGUUUCAGAAUCAUGUUUACAUGGCCAGUCAACGUAAAUAUUUGAAACUUAAACUAAAAUCCACAGUUUUACCAAAAGCUGAGAUUGGAACAGCAGACCAUUCUGAUGGUAUCACUAUAUCUGAGACUGAUAUUACAGAUGCUGUUGCUGUUAAAUCAGUUCCCCCUCGGAGAAGAACCAAAAGUAACAUUAAAGUUUUGAGGGAUAACGGAGUAGUUUGCUCACCCGAGGAAAUUUUUAGUGACAACGGUAUGCUAAUGGAAGAUAUGAAAGUUGUCAGUCAACUGAGAGGAGAAGAACCUGAAAAAUCUAGUGAAGCAUCCUUCCCUGAUGUAUCUGAAAAGUUCCCUGAUGUGAUUCAAGACUCUUCAGUGGUGCAUUUGCCUAAAAGUGAAGGCAGUUCAGAUAAUGUCUCAGGUGGAAGCCUUUCUGAGAAAAUCGAGCCAGUUCAUGCAGCUAUUCCGGAGAAGAGCAAUUCAAUUAACACAGAUGGGGGAGUUCCUCUUUAUUCGGAUGUUAAUUUAGUCAUCCCUAAUUUCAUAAAACCAGAAGAAUAUUCUAAUUUUUAUGUCCAUUCAUGUGUCCAUGAGAAGCUGUCACAGAUACAAAUUGGAAUGCUUUUACAGAAAGGAAUUUCUGAACUUGAAGGUUCAAAAGAUACAGAAAUCUCUCAUUUGGAGGCCUCUUCCAAUUCCAGUAUCUUCUGUAAUCAUCAGAAUAAACACUCAAAAUGCAAUGACUUGAUCUGUAAUUCCAGUGAAGUAAAUUUAGAGCGGUUGGCUAAGGCUAAGAAACUGGGAAUUCUCAAACUGUCUCCGGUGGAUGAAGUGGAAGGAGAAAUUAUUUAUUUUCAGAAGAGGCUACUCGGCAAUGCAGUUGCAAGGAAGCACUUCACUGAUAAUUUAAUAUCUAAGGUUGCCAGGCAUCUACCCCAGGAGAUAGAUGCAGCUAGGGGGAAAAGGUGGGAUGAAGUGCUUAUUAGCCGGUAUCUUUGUGAUGUUAGAGAAGCAAAGAAGCGGGGCAGGAAAGAAAGAAGGCGUAAGGAAGCCCAGGCUGUUCUAGCUGCUGCAACUGCAGCAGCAGCAGCUUCCUCUCGGUCUUCAUCAUUUAGGAAAGAUGCCUUUGAUGAAUCUGCCUGUCAGGAGAAAUAUAACACUGCUAGUGUUAGGGCUGGCAUUUCUUCUCUGUUGAUGCCACGUCCACAAGAAAUGCUUUCAAGGGUGGCUAUUCCAAGGAUUUCAUUAGAGAAGUACUCUGAUUUUGUUCAGUCAGUUUCAGGUUUUUCUAGAGAUCAUCCUAGAUUAUGUGACAUAUGCAGACGAUUUGAGACAAUACUGAACCACAUCCUAGUCUGCUCUGGCUGCAAGGUUGAGGUUCACUUGGAUUGCUAUCGUUGUGCGAAGGAAUCUAAUGGUCCAUGGCAUUGUGAAUUAUGUGAAGAAUUAUUGUCAUCUAGAUGCUCUGGAGCUCCUGUCAAUUUCUGGGACAGGGCAAAUAGUGCGGAAUGUGGUUUAUGUGGUGGUAUUACUGGUGCUUUCAGGAAAUCUACUGAUGGUAGAUGGGUUCAUGCCUUUUGUGCAGAGUGGGUCUUUGAACCAACAUUCAGAAGGGGACAAGUCAAUCCUGUUGAAGGAAUGGAAACGAUUGCUAAGGAGAUUAACAUUUGUUGUGUCUGCCGUCAUAGACAUGGUGUCUGCAUAAAAUGUAGCGCUGGUCACUGUCAGACCACAUUUCAUCCAACUUGUGCUAGAAGUGCGGGUUUCUACAUGAAUGUUAAGACUCUUAAUGGCAAGAUGCAGCACAUGGCAUAUUGUGAAAAGCAUAGCUUGGAGCAGAAGGCAAAGAACGGAACUCAAAAACAUGGAGAAGAGGAGAUAAAGAGCAUGAGGCAAGUCAGGGGUCAACUGGAGAGAUUGCGUCUUCUUUGUGAAAGAAUUGUUAGACGUGAAAAAAUAAAGCGGGAGUUGGUUUUAUGCUCACACAGCAUACUUGCUUGCAAACGAGACCAAGUUGCUCGAUCGGUGCUUGUUAGCAGUCCCUUUUUCCCUACAGAUGUUAGUUCAGAAUCAGCUACAACAUCCCUCAAAGGGAAUACGGAUGGUUACAAGUCAUGCGGUGAUGCUGUCCAAAGGUCAGAUGAUGUCACAGUAGACAGCACCAUUUCUGUCAAGCACAGAAUUAAGGUGAGUUUGACCAUGGACACUGACCAAAAGACAGAUGACAGCUCCACAUCUCAAAACCUUUUUACUCCAAAACCUUCAGAGAGGAUGUCUUUUGCUGGGAAACAAAUACCUCAAAGACCUUCUGCUUCUUAUAAUAUUUUAGAAGAGGAAGAAUGGAGCUCAAAAUCAAAGCAUUAUGAGACUUUUGAGAAAGAGUUGGUAAUGACUUCAGAUGAAGCAUCGAUGAAGAACCAGAAAUUACCUAAAGGAUAUUUCUAUAUGCCUGUUGAUUGCCUUCCAAAGGAGAAGCAGAUCAAUCAGGAUGCUUGUUCUGGUGAACCCUUGGAACAUGAUAGGUAGAAGAGGGCCAACUCUGGAUUUUGGACUUGCCCACUGGAAAUCAACAGCUGUCUAUUGUGGACAACUGCUUUCUGCCUGGAGCUACCAAAUUUACCUGAUUUAUGAAGGGAGAAUGGCAGAAAGAUGCCAAGAUGGGUUUCUGGGCUGUGUAGUAGCCUGGCUGGACGUAAUGUUCUGAGAGGGGUUGGCAUCGUUGUUGUGUAUUCAUCAUGAGAAUAACUAUACAGUAGGUGAGGGUCUAUUCCAUAUUCCAAGCGGCUCAUUUUUCAUCAAGUAGAUGCUUGUCCCUCUUGGCUGGGAAACAACGCUUCUUGUACCCUGAUCCAAGGAAUUAGAAGGUGUUGCCUGCUGGGCUUUGGCCGUAACGUCGAUGUAAAUAUUCUCAGCAUUAUUUCUCAAAAGAAAUUUCGCUCAUCUAGUUUGAUGGAGCGUCGAAGUUAUCUUUUCCAUUGUGACCUCUUCAUUAUCUGCUGGUUUGUUUAGUGUUUCAAUCAGGUUUAGUUUCAAUAGAUAGUUGUUCUUUUGUAGCAAGUUGCAUUCCCUUUGUCAACAUGGCAUCUGAUUUGUGCCAGGUCCUGUUAAUCCAACUGUGUAUUAUUAGGUGGUAAAGGAAAUUCCCUUUUUCAUCUACUGUUUAUUGGAUUGUUAUUAUUAA